CGUCCCUCAAGAACUGUCAACAUCCCGUUCUUUUGUGUGAUCGUGCCGUUUAGUACGUGUGAAUAGUGCAUUUUUUCACGUGAUCUAUUGAUAGCUCGGAUAAUUUGAAUCGGCUUCUGGGCUGAGAAAACGCCGGGCCCGUUUGGCCAACCACUAGAAUCAGACUGGGGUAACAGCGAGCAACGUCAAAACCAGGAUAACCAUGUCCAUAAAUUCAGAGACUUGUGAAAAAGCAUAGAUUGUGUUGGAAUGAUUGAGCAGGCAGCUAACUGAAAACAUCUCAGGCACUGGUCGUUUACUAUUCUUGGAUGUUUACUGAAGAAUUUGACUCAGCUGGUGGUGCAUCUAUUAUGCAGUCCCUCCAUGAGGAAGAAAAUGACGCUACUGAUGUACAGUCAUCCAACCACGGGGUCGAGCCAGUUCAACGGAUUGAAAGACGCAUGAAAUCACCUGCUCCUCUAACACGUUUUCGUGGGCACUUUAUUUUGGAUAAAACUCGUGAAAAUGACGAGGGUAGCUACGAGGAGAGCAUCCUUGAGGCUUCAAUUAAAUGUUCCGAAGGAGAUGGUCACACGAACUUCAGGAGGAAUGGGACAGACAAGCAACAGUCACGUUAUAGAAUUCGUUUGGAAUAUCAAUUCGAUCCGCAGCAUGAUAACUUCACAGAACCUGAAGUUUCUUCAGUAACGUUGAAUUCACCUUCAAGUACAAAGCGUCCGUCAACUGUGCUCCAAGAACUCAAACCGGUGUUGCGAAAUUUGGUCAGCCGGCUAGUCGAAUCACAUCAGAAGUGUUUGCAGCCCUCAUCAGUUUCACAGUUCAAAUCUAGACCAAAACGAAUGAGCAAAAUAUCUCGGUCCAAAAGCCUGGAUAUCGGACGCCAGUUGCGAAGAAGUGCCCAAGCUUUCUCAAACUUAACUGCUUAUCAAAUGCAAGGACUCGAUCGGCCACAUGCUUCUGUCCUAGAUCGGGCCUGCAUGGCAAACGAUAAAUGUUUAAGGCCCGUCACAACAGAUGCCAUUCCAUCGCCUGUUCUUGACGACGCACCCCAUGUGGUUGAGCAACUGAGCCCAGGUUACUUUGAAGUAGCGUCUAUACCAUCUGUGGACCCACUUUUGUACUCUGCUCCGAUCACUUGUCGCACACUGCCUCCUGGACAUAAAACUACUCCCAGUCCAGACUAUUGCCAUGGUGAUAUACCACCGCUAGCCGUACAAAACCAACUUCCCUGGAGCAGAAUAUCUACCUUUGUACCAGAGGCAGCGGGAUCGUUUAGUGAUCGUUCUGAGAGACAACUUAUUUGUGUUCCAGAGUUUACUCAGAAAUGGUCAUCUUGGUGUUUGGGAAAUCGUGCUACUGUUGGAGAAUACAAACUACACGAACUCUGUACUACCGGAAAUCUCGAAUAUUGCCUAGUCCAGAAAUUAGUAUGCUCCCAAAACGAACCGGAUGUUAUUACAAGCCUGAGUGCGACUCCAGUCUCUGUAGCGGAAUCACAACGUAGAAUAUCACCGGGAAAUCUAGGUGUUUCGGUGGUAAAGGGUGUAGCUAAACAAUUUGAAUUCAGGCAUACAGCAGCUCGUGACCUGGUGGUUAACUGUUUCACUCCUAGACCAGUCGCGAUUGCUACGGGUCGCCGAAUACUGCGAAACUAUACACCGCAAAGAUACACUGGAGGGAGACAAAAACUACGUUCAAGAAGUCUAACUAGUGGUCCUCGACGUUUCAGUUGGACCACCAUUUCGACCAACAAUCCACUACGUCGGUGUCAAAGAGCUGAAUCGCAGAGGGUUUCCACAACAGUUGGACUGCCCACCACACAGUGUGUGUUGACUACAUUGAAUACAGUCGUUAUGCACAAACAGGAUGUACGUCAUAUGCAAUCGGCAAGAGCGAAUUUGUGCAUAGCUCCAGCCACGACAGCUAAUAACGGACUUGAUGGAGUGAAGACAGACAUACUUACGAGACCAACUACUCCUAGUAAACGAGCUAUGGUUUUAACGUCAAAAUAUAUGCAGAAUUCAAAAUUACCGCUGAACGCAAUAUCACACCUUUCUAUGUUGCGUGCCGUGUCGUUAGAACGAUCGUCCAUUGAGUUUGUGCAGAACGACUCGUUUCUCACUGACAGUGACACAGAUUCCAACGGAAAUUCAAACUGUUCCCAUGGGAGAUUGAUUAGUAGACGCUGUGAGGGCUGUCUCACCCAAUCAAAUGAGUUGAACACGAGACGAGUCGUCCGUGAUGCUGGUGUCUGGUGCAGGCACCUAGGCAGAAGACGUUCAGUGUGCUACUGCAAUUUUAAUGGAUCCAGAGUAACUGAACUGAACAAUGGAGUACUGAUAAUCGCUCCAACAGGAAGAAAGCGGCGACGUAUCCGUCCGUGCGUCCAUCGCAAUCGAGGCACACGACAGUGUCAGUGGAGGAUGCCGAACACACCAGAUACUGACCAAAAGCUAAUUUAUAUUGAAUUAGGACCUGGGCAAUACACGCUUCAUAAAUGUUCGUGUCCAGUAAAAGAAGCUAACUGGUCCACGCACAGUACGAAUUCGGGGGGUUGUGAAGGGGAGACUAGUAUACCGACGGUUAACAAUUCGGCAGCGACAAAUUCAAUUACAUGCGAUUCGCACAUCGUUUUCGACCACGCGGAUGUUUGUUUGGCAGAAUCUGAGUAUCCGUAUGAAUCAGUCGGAGACAAGUUCCAAGAAACACCUAACGUGAUUACAGUGGAUCUAAGAGCCCUUGGUCAUUGUUUACAACAGAUAAAAUUGAUAAUCAUAGAUAUACCUACAGGACAUUAUUCAAUACAAUGUUGGAGAUGCAAGGGACGUGGCUUAUUACGGCAGAAAACAAACUUUUCUUCCUCUCUGCAAACUGACAGACUGAAAAUCAAAAAGAAAUCGUUCACUUCUGAGAAAGGCCACAUGACAAGUGCAAAAGCCUGUGGAAUACGGAAAAGAAAAACUGACCAUACAAUCAAGGAAUCAGAUGGUUUUAGGGAAGAAACUCAUUCGCCGGAACUUAACGAAAUGAGCUUUCGGUGGGACAAUGUGAAUGGCUUCCGUUCAUCAGUUCCUUCUAGUAAGCACGUGCAACGUCAAAAUGCUGGACAAUUCAUCGAUUCAUCAGACUCCACAAGUUCAGUUGAACUUUCGAACUAUUUUUGGACGCACGGCUCAGGGCCACAGGGUGUUCAGCCAUCUAUCUAUACAACGGAAGCUUUCCAGUAUCUUUACGGAUUUACACAGCAGCUCAUCUUUCUUAUACCUGAUGAGGAAGUUUGCGAAGUGCUCUGUGCCAGCAUUUUAUUCAACUAUGAACAUAUCCACGGAAAUCACUAUGCUGUCAGCAAUCGUAUUUCUUAUAGGCCUGAAGUACUGUCAAUGCCAGUAGAAGUUUGGUGUAGUUUUUUACUUUCUGAUCGACCUCUAACAGAUGAAAUACAGCAAGAAAGCCAUUUGGUCACUCUCUGUGGGGAAGAACCUUAUAAAUAUUCAACUUACUUGCAUACUAGACAGCCCGUUCGACAACAGUUGGCUCAAACCAGUCACCCGGAUUUGUUCGGUUGGGUCUUCAGCUUCCCAGACAUACCCCCACGGUCGUUUAGCAAUGAAGACACAAUGUACACUAAAGAGGAUAAAGUCAAACAGGUUUAUUCAUUUGCUUGUUUAUUAGCUUCAGAAACACUACUUCUGUCGUGCUCAAGUCAGAAGACUGAGGGUAUUCACCGGCUCACCAUAUCAUCGUCCAAAACAAAGGAAUCGGAAGGCUUCGAAAGACAGGAGGUGGGGACGAGUACUAGACCAACGACACCAAGUUCUGAAACUGAGGUUUCCUCACCCACAAGUGUCAGUUCCAUGGGACAAUGGGACUUUUCGCCACCCCGUGUUAGCGGGGCAAAACAGCGUUGUGCUUCCUCCGAAUCGCUCAGCAAGUCCCACUCUAUCACUGUGAUUGAACCAACGAUGUCUAGCGACCAGAGUGCAGACUGCAGUUCCGACAACUUCGCACACUCACCAAAACUAUCUGUCUCAAAUCGCUGGUCCAUUGUGAAUAGUUCUGGCAUGCUGAGUGAAUCCGAACAAGCGGAUCCGGAUGAUGAAAGUGAAGAAUCCCAGAUUAUUUCAAACCAGAUUCCGGAUCAUGGAACAGUGGGUGCGAGUUUUUCGAUAUCGGACCCUGAGUGUCGAGUUUGCGACGCUAGUGAGGUUGAAAAGUUAACGUCAAAAAGCCAUGAUAACUCCCAACAGGAACCACUAGAAUCUUCAGAAUGUGAAGUUCUGGUCUGCUUUGGUUCGGAAUCUGAUUCGCCUGUCUGCCUUCCCACAAGACCACAACCUCGAUUACGUAAGACCUGUAUUAGCCCUUUCUUGUUUGAAGAGGAUGCAAAACCUAGGGGAGGUGGUACCAAAAAACAUGAGGAUGUGAGAACUCGCCUUCAAAGGAAGGGUAGAGAAAGACAGCAUUGGACGGGCAGGUUGACGCAAAAGCACAGUCCAAUCAAAGACUUGCCAUUCUCACGUGUAGAAGCUUGGCCCAUAACUAUGCUUUCGCCCACAAGCCCCACCAGUCAUGUGGUUGAAUGCAGCCACUACCAAGAGCUUGGAGUCAAUAAUUCAAAUAGUAUUAAUCUCGAAGGGAAAAAAUCUGUCUUUGAGGGUGACAGUGAGAAUUCGCCUCACUUUCCUAGUGGAUCUGACCAGUUGCUAAAUGAAUCAAGAAGACUGAAAGGGGAGAAGUGGUGGAUAACAGAAAACGGUGGUUGUGAUAGAGCGCGACGCAAUCGUUAUCGAACACGCAGCAUCGUGUCUGCUCAAUUUUGUCACACUCUGACAGGACCAAAAUGCACAGAAUCAAGUAAACUUGGAGGUUACACAACAAACCAGGUUGACUUGGGAGAUCAACGUAUUGAUCAAAGUCUGACGACACCAACCAGCCAGAAGAGAGCUGAGUCUGCUCCGGAUAAGCUGCGAUCUGUCAACAAAACAGAGCACGCAACGAAUAUUGAUUUUAAAAUGUGUAGUCCUCCGGCAAAGAGCGGUGAUAAUGUUGAUGGGAUAAAUGAUACAACAGGGGACGUGGAGGUCACCACCUGUAAUCUUGAGCCUGAAUCAGACACUGAUUAUAUUUCCUUGACGGGUUCAAAUGUGGGUGACGUCGAACAAUCCAGUGUCUCUGUGUUCCUCUCGUGUGCCUUGUCUGAGGUAGGCCCUGGUGAUACAGAACAGCGAGAAGGCGAGGUUCAAAGUAUUAAACUGUCAUGUUCUUCGGCUCAAGGCUUGCCUACAGUCCCGUCUAAGGAGACCUCUCUCCCACUGCCUGGAGUAGCCGAAAGCUAUGCGAAUUCCUCUGUGGUCGAAAAUGGACUACUCGCAGUGGGGAACAGAAUUAUGUGUUCAGAUUACGACUACCUGUACAUACGCUGGCCUCCUGCAAAGUUGUGUACAACAUCUGUGAUUGAUUCGGUAAGCUGGAACACUCCUGUUGCGGAUAGGCAUCUCAGCUUUGUCAUAGAAUCAGUCGUCACGCUGCACCAGACCCAUACACAGGCCGUUGGCUAUUCGUCUUCAGCCGUGCGGUCCUUACUGUGGAUCGCACCGAUCCAUACUGUUUGGUUGAAUCUGUUGAACUGCCCAGGGACGUUUUACUACCUUGCUGAAACGGACUUUGUACCAUGUUCCCUCUCACACCUAUCAGUUAUUUCACUUAGCGAACUGAUGAAUACUCGCGUCUGUUCUCCAACUGGUCCUUCUACUAUCCCCGUAGUGGAAGGGUUCUCAUCUAAUCUAGUCAAAACACAUCCACAACAGCGAAUGCCAAUGUGUAUGAUCAGCAGUUGGGCGUCUUUUCUGUCAACAGACACCAUUGCGGAAACCAGCUGGACAAGACGAAAUAGCAUUUAUUCUAGUACAAUAUUAAAAUACCGUCAGAGUUCAGAUAUCCUUCAUAUGCCUUCCAUUUCCAAUCAAAUCUCUUCUACAAGACUUGGAAACAAUUCAUGGUGCAUGAAGAAGGAUCAAUUGCAGUCCAAACCACGUGAAAUCGCUGUGUCGAACGGGAAAAUUACGGUUCGCGAAAGGCGAGUAGAAGGCGGUUUUUCCAAAUUUGGCUUCAAUUAUCGACCACUACUGUCAUCCAAGAAAGCAAAAAUGAAGCGACGCGUAGUCAGGAGGGAAAGACAACUCCAGGUCACUUGCAGAAAUAGAACUUUGCACCCUUAUGCUGAACCGACGCGCGUUUCAGCUCCCUCAUUUAAGUCACAAAGCACAAGUCAGUAUCACUGCAAACAUCAUGCGAGCAAGAAAAUUUGCAACAGGGACGGAGGCAGAGAAGUAAGUAUCGUUGCUAAACAGUGUUAACCAAAUCCCAUCGGAUCGGACGAAUUUUUCAACGAAAUCGACAGAGUUUACGGUCAACCGAAACGGAAGACUAGCGAAUAAAACCUUCUAGCUUAGAAUUAGGUGUGCCGGAUUCGAAAUAACACACUUCGUCUCAACGUUCAAGAUUCUAGCGGAAAUAAACAACACCCAUGCGGCCUUUCACUCUGGAGCUCUCACGGAUCAUCUCCAUAUGAAUCCAGACCACUUGAGAAGAUGAUGGUUUCUCUGGUCUCCACCAUUUCAGACUUCUAGAUUUUGAUUUUUUGCGCGCAACCCAGGCUGAUGAGACACGCACCAAGUGAAUUUAUUGAUCUUAUCAAUUUGUGAUUUUGACGUAUAUUAUUUUCUAUGCCACGGAUGCCUCUAUCCAAAAUUUACCAGCAUUUGUUUUUUUUUAACUCGAG